GAAUGAUUGUGCAGCGGUCCGGAAAAUCCAAUAUAUUUUGUCGACUCCACCCUCGUGUAUUACUUCAAAGCUUGCGUCUAAAGAGCCUUUCCACCAUAAUACGUUCAUAGUCGUUAUCAUGAAAGCAUCCUACAUCCCUCAGAUCAUAAUACUAGGAUUCGCAUUCAUUGGAAGAGCCUUGGCAGGCUGUGAAUGCUUCUGGGAGGGGACUGCACCUUUUUGCAAUGAAAACUGCCCUUCCGGGACGACUGGCACCCGUCGGUAUAGCAACUCUGGUGGUGGCGCUCCCUGUUGGACGGGCCGCAAGCAACAAUGCAUCCGGUGUGGUCCAAAUAUACGUGAGAAGCCAUGUUGUAUACCGAAGAUGACAUGUGCGCAGUGUAUAGGGCCCAUUAUGAUAUGUCAUGAAAUGUUUAGCAACAUUCCUCCUAUUACCUGCGGAAGCCACCUGUGCGGCCUAUGCACAGGAUCAAUACCAAACAUAUGCCCAAGCGAUAUCAAACCAUGGGAGCCGCCACUACGCAAUGAACUGUAAUUUGCGUGGUUGAGUGGCAAGGCAUUGGACUGGAGGUUCGACAUUAUUUGGACGGGUUUCCACUUUUCCUUUCUUCCGCUUAUCUCUUUCUUCUAUUUCGAGACUGCAAUUUGUUUGUUUGUGGAAGGAUAUUAGCUGCUUCGUUGUUGAGAACAAAGGACUCUUUGUUAGCAAUAAUUCUAAUACUACAUCUGCGAACCGUCUGACCCGCUAUGUUGAGUUGAAAUAUAGAUGUUGUCUG